GAGCGUGCGGGCCCGCAUCCCGCCCGGCCUGUUCCCGUCCGCCGGGACGAGGGUCUUCCCAAAUCCGGGAAUCCGGGUGGGGAUCGAGGAGGAGCCUCCUCCCGCCGCCCCGCCGCCAUGAGCUUCUUCGGGUUCGGGCAGAGCGCCGAGGUGGACAUCGUGCUGAGCGACGCGGAGAGCCGCAAGCGGGCCGAGCACAAGACGGAGGACGGCAAGAAGGAGAAGUAUUUCCUCUUCUACGACGGCGAGACGGUGUCCGGGAAGGUGGGCCUCGCCCUCAAGAACCCCAACAAGCGGCUCGAGCACCAGGGCAUCAAGAUCGAGUUCAUCGGGCAGAUCGAGCUCUACUACGACCGCGGGAACCACCACGAAUUUGUGUCCCUGGUGAAGGACCUGGCCCGCCCCGGAGAAUUUACCCAGUCCCAGACCUUUGACUUCGAGUUCACCCACGUGGAGAAACCCUACGAGUCGUACACGGGGCAGAAUGUGAAGCUGCGGUAUUUCCUCCGAGCCACCAUUAGCCGCCGCCUCAAUGAUGUCGUCAAAGAGAUGGACAUCGUGGUGCAUACCCUCAGCACGUACCCGGAGCUCAACUCCUCCAUCAAGAUGGAGGUGGGCAUCGAGGACUGCCUGCACAUCGAGUUUGAGUACAACAAAUCCAAGUACCACUUAAAAGAUGUGAUCGUAGGGAAGAUCUACUUCCUGCUGGUCAGGAUCAAAAUCAAGCACAUGGAGAUUGAUAUCAUCAAGAGGGAGACUACGGGGACAGGCCCCAACGUGUACCACGAAAAUGACACCAUAGCCAAGUAUGAAAUCAUGGAUGGGGCGCCUGUGAGAGGAGAAUCCAUCCCCAUCCGGCUCUUCCUCGCGGGCUACGAGCUGACCCCCACCAUGCGUGACAUUAACAAGAAGUUCUCGGUGCGUUAUUACCUCAACCUGGUGCUGAUUGAUGAGGAGGAGCGGCGCUACUUCAAACAGCAGGAGGUGGUGUUAUGGCGAAAGGGGGACAUCGUGCGGAAGAGCAUGUCCCACCAGGCGGCCAUCGCCUCCCAGCGCUUCGAGGGGACGUCCACCCACGCGGAAGCCAGGACCCCCAGCCAGCCGGUGGAGAACAACGGCCGGCAGUGAGCCGCCCGCGCAGCCGGGCUGCCGUGGGGCGCCCACCUUCCGGCUCCUCGGCCACGGCUGGGGGCCGGUGGACGCCCGGCGGAGACUCUUCUGACGACCGAAAAGAAAUUUCCGUUUUUGACUUACAUCCCUUUCUCUGAAGGACCGGGAGCUCGGCGGGGCGGACAAGCCGAGCGGCGGCGGCGAUACCGUCCAGGCGGGCUUCCUCCCGCGGGUGGCCCCGAGCAGCUCGUUCGCUUUCGGGGCCGAGGAGGGGUAGAGACGGGGGAGAGAGAGCCGCGUCUCGGCGGCCCCCACGUCUCCCCCCUCCCCGCUCCUGCUUCCGAGAAGUGGCAGGAGGAAGAGCGAGCCACCUGGUAGACCUUGGAGCAGGAGGUAGCGGUAUCUCCCCGCGGUGUCCCCGGCCCCCGAGAUCCCGAGGUGUUCGGGCCGGUGGAUCUUCCCGAAACCCGCAGCCCGGAACCUGGCCCGGAAGGGAGCUACGACCGUCCCGUUACGGCCUCGUGUGUUUCAAGCCCCUGGCGGGGUGGGGGACGUCCCUGGGGCUCCAGAAACAGGACAGAACCAAGCCAACGGCCGCGUCCCGCGUGGGCGAACGGCAGGAACGGCCAGAACGUGGCCGGCCUGUUGCCUUCCCAGACCCACGUCUGAGGUAGCGCAACCCGGGGAGGGCAGGGCCGGCUUCAGACCUAUCCUUCCAGCCAGUUGGGACGUAAAGUAACGAUUCUGGGCCUGUGGGCCCCACUGUGUGUCUCUGGACUCCAGUCGGACUCUGGAACCGUGGUGCCUCCGUGCUCUGACCACUCUGCCCCAUUCUCUUCUUUCCUCCCUCACCAUCACCCGUUGGGGGGCUGGAGGCUAAACCUGAGCUGCUGGCCUUGUUGGGGUUAAGAAACCCGGGAGACGGGGAGAGCCGGGGGUGGCCACAACUACAGCUUCAGGUCGGGGAGAGCUGGAGAACUUUGUGCGGGGGACGGGUGGAUGUUCGGGGUCGCCAGCUUCUAUAGCAGCCAAAUGUUUCUGGGGAUUCCGUUCCCCCAGAGGGUCGGGGCUGUCGCGGAGGGAUUCAGGGAUUGGCUUGCCGGAAUAGAGAAGCGGCCCCGACUCCCGCCGCCACCCUGUCAAACCAGAAACGGGCCGCUUCUAGCCGGGGAGCAACAGGAUCACCUGAGCCUCUGUUCCCUUUGGAGCAGAGCCUUGGCCUAGCUGCCUGCUGGCCAGGCCCCGGGCUCCCAUCCGCGCUAGCCACCCAAGCCAAUUCCGCUUGCCACAAGGUCUCUCUCUUCACUGGCAGCCUGGCCGGAGUAGGGCUAUCGUUUGGCUUUUUUUCCCUCUUUUUAAGCUGCCCACUGUGAGACGGCAGGGGCCCUGUCCUCUCUGUUGCGCCGUGUCGUGCGUCGCGAUAGCGAAGGGCUGUCCGUCUCUCCAUCAUCUCGAGGAGGGGGCUGAGGAGGUGACCCGGCUGUGUCAUCUCUCGCUAUCCCGGGUCGGCUGGGAGCCGGCUCGUCGUCUGCCUCCCGUGAACUGGGCCCCGGAUGGGGUGGGGAAUUAGGCCUCAGCUCCGGCUCUACGCCCGGCUGCCCGCCCCGAUCUCACGCUCGAUUGGGAGGCGCGACUGCCCGCCAGUCGCCCCUCACGCCCUCCAAGCUGCCGCUCUGAGGACAGGCAGAUGCCUUAGGUGAGCAGCCAGUGAGGGCAGGGACCCCCGCGGCUACCCUUUUUCAUCACCGAGGCCCACUCGCCUAUGGAUGCUGCGUUGGUGCCCAUCAGAGCCACCCACUCCCGUGCUCGGCUGUGUGAAAUUCCCGUCUUUGACGUUGGAGGGAAGGGAAAAUCAAGUUGUCUAGCAAAGCGGGGCUCAUUUUCCCCAGGGGUGAGAUGAUGAAUACAUCCAGGGAGGUGUCUCCUUUCGCAUCCAGGUUGUCGGGCCCCACAAAGCAGAGAGUAGGGCCCUGGCUGCCGCCACCUUUCCCGGGCAAGGAACCUAGGGAUAGAGGGACCCUCUUCUUCCCCAUUCCCAGCGGCCGCGUGCCAUCGUGCGGCUGUAGCCUCCUGGCCAGUGGCCACCCCUGCCUCCUUUGAUGAUCUCUAGGUUCCAAGACGAAGAUGGCAGCGUGGUCCC